AUGUCUACCUUUGCAUCAACUACUCCCUCGUCAACUGCUUUUAAAAUUAUAACUUCCAGUAUAGCUGCAGCAUCUACAUCAUCAUCCGCAAUAACCACAACCACUGCUGCUGGAACAUUCACCACCAAUCGAGUUGAUACUAUAACAGCACCACAAUCAACAGUGCCUACCUUUGCAUCAACUGCUCUUUCUUCAACUGCAACUGUAACACCAUCCUCAAUCACCACAACAAAUGUGGCUGAAGCAUAUUCAUCUGCCUUUAAAAGCACGACUGGUAACACAGCUGGACCAUUCCCCACACUGAUAACUGCAAACACAUCAGGACCCUCAACAGUCAGAUCAAGCCAUAGCACCACUGCCACAAUUACUGUGACAGUCCCACAAACAAAACCAACAACUCAGAAAUCAGCCACUUCCUCCUCAACUUCAAUUCUUAUUGCAGGCGCAACAUCCAAAACAACAACAACAACAUCCACCCCAACUAAAGCGACUACAACUACUACUGCACCACCAGCUCAGGUGUUGACGUCUCUGGUGUUUAGCUCGAAUGAAACGUUUACAAAUGACCUCUCCAAUUCAAGCUCUGAUGGCUUCAAGGAAAGAGCUAAGCUUGUAAUAGACAUGCUUGAACCAAUCUACAGAAGAAAGUAUCCUGCCUUCAUCAGUUUGACUGUCUUGAGCUUUAGGUCUGGAUCAAUAAUCACUUCAACACAAUUAGCUUUCAACUACACACAACAGUACCCAACCAAUCAAGAAGUCAAAAACGAUCUAGUAAAUGCGGCGGAAACAGGAGAAGCCAAUUUGCUGAAAAUUAUUCCUAACUCAAUCACAGUCAGUUCAGUUACAGCUACAACUGCAGCAACAACUGUUUCCGUUUCGACAAAACCAAAUCAAACCACUUCAAGUGGACCCAGGAUUGAAUCCAGUUUUCUCCAAGCAACAUUUCUCAUUAUGAUGUCAACAAUAUUGAGACUUUACCUGGAGACUCCUUAAUCAAUCAAAUGUGAGCAAAAUAUGCUCAAAGUAAAUGAAUUAAACAAACAGCAAGUUUUAUUGAGAUGAGAAAAACUAUUAAUUUAAGAGCAGGCUGUUGUAAUUAAACAAAGGGAAACAUUUUCUUAGAUUUUAUACAUACUUCUGUAAGGAAGUAGAUGAUCUUCAUUUUCUGUUAUGUUUAUUUUCUGAUUGAAGCAGUAAUUUGUUCAACUGCUAGAAGAUAAAAUACCUUUGUCAUUAGUUUUAUUUCUGUUUAGUUUGUGCUGCUAACGUUGUAAGAUUUUAUAUUUUAUUUGAAUCUAAUAUACAUGUAUCAAGGUUGUAUGUUCUGUAAUAGAGUGUUUUUGCAUAUUACAAAACUAUUUAACAUACAGAGAUGCUAUAAUUAUAUAGAAACACCCAGUAAACUGCCAGCAGCUGAGUGUUUAUAUAUGUAAAACACAAUUUAGCGGUGCUAUAUUGCACUGCAG